GUUGUAUUAGUCUUCGCUCUUAGUAUUGGUGCUCUUGUAAUAUACUUCAUAGAUUCGUCAAACCCAAUAGAAUCCUGCCAGAAUUUCUACAAAGAUUUCACAUUACAGAUCGACAUGGCUUUCAAUGUGUUCUUCCUACUCUACUUCGGCUUGCGUUUCAUAGCAGCCAAUGACAAGCUGUGGUUCUGGCUUGAAGUUAACUCAGUAGUAGAUUUCUUCACAGUUCCUCCAGUGUUUGUGUCAGUAUAUUUAAACAGAAGUUGGCUUGGUUUAAGAUUUUUAAGAGCCCUUAGACUGAUACAGUUUUCAGAAAUUUUACAGUUUCUGAAUAUUCUUAAAACAAGUAAUUCCAUCAAGCUAGUGAAUCUGUGCUCUAUAUUUAUCAGCACAUGGCUGACAGCAGCUGGGUUCAUACAUUUGGUGGAGAACUCAGGGGAUCCAUGGGAAAAUUUCCAAAAUAACCAACCGCUUACAUAUUGGGAAUGUGUUUAUUUACUAAUGGUUACUAUGUCCACUGUUGGUUAUGGAGAUGUUUAUGCAAAAACAACCCUUGGUCGCCUUUUCAUGGUCUUCUUCAUCCUUGGGGGAUUGGCCAUGUUUGCCAGCUACGUCCCUGAAAUCAUAGAGUUAAUAGGAAACCGCAAGAAAUAUGGUGGUUCCUAUAGUGCGGUUAGUGGAAGAAAGCACAUAGUUGUCUGUGGUCACAUAACACUGGAAAGUGUGUCCAACUUCCUGAAGGACUUCCUGCACAAGGAUAGGGAUGAUGUCAACGUAGAAAUCGUAUUUCUGCAUAAUAUCUCCCCUAACCUUGAGCUGGAAGCUCUUUUUAAACGACACUUCACUCAGGUGGAAUUUUAUCAGGGUUCAGUCCUUAAUCCCCAUGACCUGGCAAGAGUAAAGAUAGAGUCAGCAGAUGCGUGCCUAAUCCUUGCCAAUAAAUACUGCGCUGACCCAGAUGCUGAAGAUGCCUCCAACAUUAUGAGAGUAAUUUCCAUAAAGAACUACCAUCCGAAGAUAAGAAUUAUCACUCAGAUGUUGCAGUAUCACAAUAAGGCCCAUCUGCUAAAUAUUCCAAGCUGGAAUUGGAAAGAAGGGGAUGAUGCAAUUUGUCUUGCUGAGCUCAAGCUGGGUUUCAUAGCUCAGAGCUGCCUGGCACCGGGCCUUUCAACAAUGUUAGCCAACCUCUUCUCGAUGAGGUCAUUCAUAAAGAUCGAGGAGGAUACGUGGCAGAAAUACUAUCUGGAAGGAGUUGCAAAUGAAAUGUAUACAGAAUAUCUAUCUAGUGCCUUUGUGGGUUUGUCCUUCCCUGCAGUUUGUGAACUGGUGUUUGCGAAACUAAAGCUCUUAAUGAUAGCCAUAGAAUACAAGUCGGAAAAGCGAGAAAGCAGAAGCCGAAAGCGUAUAUUAAUCAAUCCUGGAAAUCAUGUCAAGAUUCAAGAAGGUACUUUAGGAUUCUUCAUUGCAAGUGAUGCCAAAGAAGUAAAAAGGGCAUUUUUUUACUGCAAGGCUUGUCAUGAUGACAUCACAGAUCCCAAAAGAAUAAAAAAAUGUGGCUGCAAACGGCUGAUCUAUUCCAAGAUGUCCAUCUACAAGAGAAUGAAACUGGCAUGUUGUUUUGAUUGCGGACGCUCUGAGCGUGACUGCUCUUGCAUGUCAGGCAGUGUACAUAGUAACAUGGACACCCUUGAGAGAGCCUUCCCACUUUCUUCUGUCUCUGUUAAUGAUUGCUCCACCAGUUUACGUGCCUUUGAAGAUGAGCAGCCGUCAACGCUCUCACCCAAAAAAAAGCAGCGAAAUGGAGGCAUGCGAAAUUCACCCAACUCCUCACCCAAACUGAUGAGGCAUGACCCCUUGUUAAUUCCUGGCAAUGAACAGAUUGACAACAUGGAUGCCAAUGUGAAAAAAUAUGAUUCCACGGGGAUGUUUCAUUGGUGUCCAGCCAAGGACAUUGAAAAGGUCAUUCUGACUCGAAGUGAAGCAGCGAUGACAGUUUUAAGUGGGCAUGUGGUUGUCUGCAUAUUUGGGGAUGUUAAAUCUGCUUUGAUUGGAUUAAGAAAUCUAGUGAUGCCAUUGCGAGCCAGCAACUUCCACUACCAUGAACUCAAGCAUAUAGUGUUUGUGGGUUCACUUGAAUACCUGAGAAGGGAAUGGGAGACACUGCAUAACUUCCCCAAGGUUUCAAUCUUGCCUGGUACGCCAUUAAGUCGGGCUGAUUUAAGGGCUGUCAACAUCAACCUCUGCGACAUGUGCGUUAUCCUGUCAGCCAAUCAGAAUAAUAUUGAUGAUGCUUCGCUGCAGGACAAGGAAUGCAUCUUGGCGUCACUCAACAUCAAAUCUAUGCAGUUUGAUGACAGCAUUGGGGUCUUGCAGGCUAAUUCCCAAGGCUUUACACCCCCAGGGAUGGAUAGGUCAUCUCCAGACAACAGUCCAGUCCAUGGUCUGUUACGUCAACCCUCCAUUACAACAGGAGCCAACAUCCCUAUUAUAACAGAGCUAGUAAACGAUUCAAAUGUGCAGUUCUUGGACCAAGAUGAUGAUGAUGACCCAGACACAGAACUGUAUCUCACGCAACCCUUUGCAUGUGGAACUGCAUUUGCUGUCAGCGUGCUGGAUUCCCUCAUGAGCGCGACAUACUUCAAUGACAAUAUCCUCACCCUGAUCCGGACGCUGGUAACAGGAGGAGCCACCCCGGAGCUGGAGGCGCUGAUCGCGGAGGAGAACGCGCUGCGGGGAGGCUACAGCACCCCCCAGACCCUGGCCAACAGGGACCGGUGUCGAGUGGCACAGCUGGCCCUCUACGACGGGCCCUUUGCAGACCUCGGGGAUGGAGGUUGUUAUGGCGAUCUAUUUUGUAAAGCACUGAAAACAUACAAUAUGCUUUGCUUUGGAAUUUAUCGAUUAAGGGAUGCACAUCUAAGUACACCUAGCCAGUGCACUAAACGUUAUGUUAUCACAAACCCACCAUAUGAAUUCGAGCUUGUGCCGACAGACUUGAUCUUCUGUUUGAUGCAAUUUGACCACAAUGCUGGCCAGUCCCGGGCCAGUCUUUCUCAUUCUUCCCAUUCCUCCUAUUCUUCCAGCAAGAAGAGCUCAUCGGUUCACUCCAUUCCAUCAACAGCAAACCGACCCAACCGCACCAAGACCAGGGAUUCACGGGAAAAACAGAAUGCAACAAGGAUGAAUAGAAUGGGCCAAGAAAAGAAAUGGUUUACAGAUGAGCCGGAUAAUGCCUAUCCCAGAAACAUUCAGAUCAAGCCCAUGAGCACUCACAUGGCCAACCAGAUCAACCAGUACAAAUCGACAAGCAGCUUGAUACCGCCAAUCCGAGAAGUGGAAGAUGAAUGUUGACUCCUUGGAGGCCAGAACUAUUUUUUUAAAGCCUGACAAACUCCAUGAAUGGUGAUGUGACAUUUAUUCCUCUUACAUGCUGAACCACUGCUGGAGACGUUGCGAAGGGCGAGCGUUACGGGGAAAUAAAGUAGACAGAUCUUUGUUUGUCUGCCUUUAAUAUUGCUUCCACGUAUUUUGGAAACUAUCUCAUUUAUAAAUGAACACAGUCAGAACUAGUCAUGUAUAGCCUCUAGCGUUUUAAAUUAUUUUUAUUUAUUAGAAAAAAAUAUAUUUUUCUUUUCUUUUUUUCAUUGUCAAGUAUUUUCCCUUAAAAAAAAGCUGCAUAUGUGGCCAGACUCCUAAGAAUUAAAAUAAUAAUAGUAAUAAUAAUCUGUUCAGUCUUCGGCUUAAAGGAGAAUGAUGGUCACAGUUACAAGGACAUGUAAUUAAGGGAGACAAAUGAUAUAUUUACAUAAAAAAAAAGGUCCAACUUGUAUUUUAGUAAAGCAAAGAAAAAAGAAAAAAAAAAGAAAACAAGAAUAGUUCGCCAACAUGUUUCUUUACUGGAGGAUGUGUAUUUUGUUCAGCAUUGGCACCAGCUCUUAAUAAACUGAACUUAUUUAUUUUCAAAGU